UCAUUCGAUCCAGGUCAAUAUGCAUCCUUAGCCUUGACACAUGUUCAAUAUCAUCCGGAUGAUCCGUUGGCCUAUCCGUUAUCAUUAAUUACGUUAUCACCUCCGUUUUUGGUAGUGGUUUACAUCGUAAUUUGUCUAAUAAGAAGAGAUUUGACAAUCUUGUUUGGAUUUGCAGGUCAGUUGGCAUGUGAAGGAUUCAAUCUGAUUCUUAAACGGAUCUUCAAACAAGGCAGACCGACGGAUUUCUUAGGGACAGGGUAUGGAAUGCCAAGUAGUCAUAGCCAAUUCGUUGGGUACUUUAUGAUGUUUUGGUGUGCUCAUUUUAUUCGUUUCAGACCGGGAAUGUCAAGAAGGAAGCGAACGCAAAGUGCACCUUCGCUAAUCGAUUUGAUCAGAUCUUUGGAACAUGCAGCUUUGGUAACAUUCAUCAUCUUUGGAAGUUUGAUGACUGCUUAUAGUCGCUAUCAUUUGUCCUAUCAUACACCUUUACAGAUCAUCGUCGGACUUUCACUCGGAAUGGCAAGCGGUUUGGCAUGGUAUAUCGUCUGUGAGGUGAUUGGCAGGAAAAAGAUAUUUGGACUAAAGCGCUCACCAAGAAGGAUACUGUUGGAAAGUCCUCUGUUCGUUGCUUUACGCAUACGUGACACUUGGUCUGUUUGGGAUGAUGGAGGGAUUGAGGCGGAGUAUGGUUUGUGGAAAACACAAUGGGAUAGACUGCAGCAAGAGGAAGAUCUGACCGACACACACAAGGGAAGAGGAGGAAGGACGUACGAGAACGAUCUCGAUUGCAUGCUACUUGCACUGCGAUUGGCAAGCAAGUGUGAUGAAACUUCGACAGCAUUCUGUGUCGGAUGCGUGAUCACCAAUGACGAAACGGGAGAAAUGAUUGCAACGGGCUAUUCACGAGAACAGCCCGGUAAUACACAUGCUGAAGAAGUCGCAAUCAAUAAGAUCCGUUCCACUUCCAAAGGCCAAGCAAGCAAUGCCAGAAUUUUGCCUUUGUCGCUUUAUACCACAAUGGAGCCUUGCAGUGAGCGUUUGAGCAAGAAGAACGCAUGCGUUCAGAAUAUAGUUCAGUUCAACCAAGAUGCGCUUCCUUGGACGAUCGAUGGAGAAAAGGUUAUUUUGCGCAUCGUUCGAAUCGUUCAAGGUGUACGUGAGCCGGAAGAUUUUGUUCAAUGUGUUGGAUCGAGGAUGUUAGAAGAGAAUGGGAUGAUGGUA